GAGGCUUUCAUAUUUUGACUCUCGACCACGUUCGACCCCUCAACGUUCUUUAUUUCUCUCUUCGAGUCGCUUCGUCUUCGCAGUCUUUUUCAGCUCUACCUUUGCUUCAACCAGCACCCAGAAAAACUCAGACGUUUCCUACUCGAAGCUUACGAUGAUGCACUCCUACUCUGCCAUCUUCCUGUCUCUCGUCGCCUCCGCUCUGGCGUACCAGGUCACCUCCCCUAACGCCCAGGAGGGAUGGACUUCCGCCGGCCCCAACACCGUCAGCUGGCAGCGCGUCGACACGGACCCGAGCAACUUCACCCUGGUCCUGACGAACGAGGACCGCAACGUCUUGCCCAGCAACAACCAAGUCCUCAUCGCCCUUGUUGACGGCACCACCGGCUCGACGACCGUCCCGCCCCCGAGCAACGGCUUCCCCGUUGGCGGCACGUUCAGGCUGAACUUUGUCAAGGACGCGCAGGACCUGAACAGCAUCCUCGCCCAGUCCUCGGAGUUCAACAUCACGAAGAGCACCACCAGCUCGUCGGGCACGUCCACUGCUACCGGCACUACCGGCGGCACCUCUUCUCGCAGCGGCAGCACGAUGACCAUCAGCAAUGGUGCAUCUGGUACCAGCGGCGCUACUGGCGCUGGCGGACUCAACCCUACCACGUCCGACACCACCACCAGCCCGACCUCGAGCAGCGCUGCCCUCCCCGGCGCGGGCGUCACGACCGGCUUCCUGGGCCUCGUCGCCCUGGUCGGUGCCUUCAUGGCCUAAACACCUACCCCCAUGUCAAAAUCGUCGUAGAGGACUAGAGGGUUUACACCAGCGUGGACAUGACUUUUUCCUAUCCUAGGUCUCAUUUUCUCCUGUGGGUCACACAUCCUGUCGUUCCAUAUCACUGUCGUUUCUGUCUCUCCGGACUCUGGUCGUAUCGUAUUAUAAGUGUCAAUCGAACAUUGAACGUACUGUGUAUUUGCCAACGGCCGCGAGGCUCAUAUUCGGACAGCGUACCAUACUGUUUGUGUUUUUAGCUUCGUGGCUUAGAUUAGGUAGGCAAAUAUGCAUCCUAAUUCCCGUCG